AUGGAAACAGCAACUUCAACCAGUCCGUCUGAUUAUGACGGCGAACCAUAUCCAGAGUUUGAUCAGUAUGGUUACAACAUACGCGAACAGCCAUUAGGCACAAAGCGCAGAGUCCGAGUUAUUCUCAUGGGUGCUGGCGCCUCCUCUCUCAACUUUUUCAAGCAAGCCGAGACAGGACUCCAGAACGUUGACAUUACAUGCUAUGAAAAGAACAAGGAUAUAGGAGGCACGUGGCUGGAGAACAGAUAUCCAGGCUGCGCGUGCGAUGUACCAAGUGUCAAUUACCAAUUCUCUUGGAAGAUCAGAUUAUGGUCUCAUUACUAUAGCUACUCCCCAGAGAUAUGGGAAUACCUGAAAGAGAUCGAGCGAGAGAAUAAUUUUAUCGAAAAGUACAUCAAAUUGCGACAUAAAAUUGAGCACGCUGCAUGGGACAAUGAAGCAGGACUAUGGAGACUUCAGAUCAGAGAUCUGGAGGAAAAUAAAGUGUUCGGCGAUACCGCUGAAUUCUUCAUCAAUGCUGGCGGAGUGCUCAACAAGUGGAAAUGGCCGGACGUGCCAGGAUUACGCAACUUCAAAGGCAGAAUCAUGCAUUCUGCUAGGUAUGAGGUAAACUAUCCUUUGUCAGGCAAGAGAGUGGCAGUACUUGGAGCUGGAAGUAGUGGAGUUCAAAUAGUAGCCGCCAUACAGGAAAAAGUUGACACUCUGUAUCACUGGGUUCGCUCGCCUAUCUGGAUUACUGCAGGCUUCGCUCAGACAUGGGCCGGAAGAGAUGGAGCUAACUUCAAAUAUUCUCCUGAACAAAUAGAGUUCUUGAGAAACAAUCCGAAGAAAUACCAUGAGUAUCGCAAACAAAUCGAAAAUGAGCUCAAUCAGCGGUUCAAGUUCAUCAUUAAAGGCUCGGAAGAUGCGAGGAAAGCCAGGGAAUCUGCACAUGAACAAAUGUCACGAAAGUUGAAGCACGACCCACGCCUGUGCGAAAGCAUUAUUCCAAAAAAUUUCAAUCCUGGAUGUCGCCGGCCAACUCCUGCUCCGGGCUACCUAGAAUCGCUUUUAGCAUCUAAUGCCAAGGUCUUCACAACUUCGAUCAGCAAGAUUGAUGAGGAUGGUUUUGUUCAAGACGGCACCCAUUACGACGCAGAUGUGAUCAUAUGUGCCACAGGGUUCGAUACGUCGUGGCUGCCGCACUUCACCUUCGUAGGCAAGGACAAAUCCAUACACGAACUGUGGUCUCCCGAUGCCGGCGUAACGUCAUAUCUGUCCGUGGGCGUACCAACCUUCCCCAAUUAUCUUUCGUUCUGUGGUCCCUAUGGCCCGCUCGGUCACGGCAGUUUCAUGCCAUUGAUCGAGGAAUGGACCAGGUAUAUGUUCAAGAUUAUUACGAAGGCGCAAAUCGAGAAUAUCAAAUCCUUUACUCCUCGUAUGGACGCUUCUUGCCAAUUCCGCCAACAUGCAGACCUUUUUCUGAAGCGUACUGCGUGGACCUCGCCAUGUCGCUCUUGGUUCAAACAAGGCAAGGCGGAUGGCCAAGCUGGGAUCUGGCCAGGCUCUCGACUGCAUUUCCUACACAUGAUGAAGGAUGUGCGCUAUGAAGAUUACGAGAUUGAUUACUGGGACGAGAACCGCUUCGCUUUCAUGGGUAAUGGGUUCGACACGCGAGAGUUCGACGGGCGCGAUAUCACAAAUUACCUAGGGAUUUUAAACGAUGAGGGCAAGGACGUACAGCCGGAGUAUGGCGAAGAACUGAUGAAGACUCUGGCUGGUUGGGCAAUCGAUGAGAAGUACGAGGUUCGAGGCGUGGACAGAGAGGCCGGAGACACAAGAGACGGACAGCCUUGCGCUCCAGAGGAGUAG